AUGUCCUCCCGAUCAAAACCAUCGUCCUCUUCAGCUGCAGGAGCUCGGGCGGCAAUGCGCCGCCUGGCAAAAGAAUACGCCUCCAUCCAAUCCCAACUGUCAGACGCCCCAAACGAAGAGAUAGAACUCGGGAUCGAACGCCUCGGCCCGCCCGACCAAACCGACUUGUUGCAUUGGGAGGCGGUACUGAACGGGAGAGGGUUAGGGGGUGGAUAUGCUGAUGGCAGGUGGUUACUAAAAAUUACCAUCCCCCCUACGUACCCCCUCUCCCCGCCGGAAAUCAAGUUUGAAACCUCGAUUGUCCAUGCAAACGUGAAAUUAGAGACCGGGGAGAUAUGUCUUGAUUUACUAAAAGAUGCCUGGAGCCCGGCGUAUAGUGUGUUGGAGUGUGUAAAGGCAGUGAGGAUGCUGCUUGAUCAUCCGGGGAUUGACUCACCUCUCAACGUCGACGUUGCUGCGCUGCUCAGGGAGGGGGAUGAGAUUGGCGCGAGGGGGUUGGUGGAGCUUUGGAUUGGGGAUCAGCCUGGGGGGAGGUAUGAGGGGAGUUAACUAACCUGGGAAUGGGAUAGGACAGGAGGAGGUCUGGAUUAACGAUAUUGAAUCGUAAUAGCGCACGUUUCAGGAGUAGGAUAUGAGUUGGCUUUGAAAGAGAUGUUGAUCGUCAACUCUGGAACUCUCAAACUCUGGAAAAUAAUACAAGGGGGGCCUUCACAUCAUCUCUCAUCCCGUUUUCUCUCGUAGCC